AUGGUGAGAACACUUAGGGCGAACUGGCAUCGGACAUAUCUAUUCAUACUGGGGUUUGUGCGCCGCAGAAACGACACUUUGAAUGAUUUAUCAGCCGCUCUCCGACCCUCAAAGUCAUGA